UUUUCCUUUGCAUGACUGACGACUUUACUUCCCAAACGCCAGAGCUUAGAGAGAGACGAGCUCACAAUGUCUAUUUCUGAGCCUUCAGAUAGUGUCGUGGCAAUGCUCAUCGAUGGUGAAGAAGAACAAGAAGAACAACAGCAAACCGAUGGUCGAACUCCAAUGCCUGAGCGCCAAGAAAUCCUGCCUUCUUCUCAGUCUUCGAAUAAGAGGGACGAAGGGGAAGAAGGUACAAGGAAGAGGGUUUUCAGUGUGAGCAAUUCGGAGGGGUUCUUUUGUCCUAUUUGUAUGGAGUCGUGGUCGUCCCAAGGCGAUCAUCAAGUCAGCUGUCUUCCUUGUGGUCAUGUAUAUGGCAUGUCUUGCAUUAGUAAAUGGAUUCAGCAGUGUGGUGGAACGUCUGCAAAGUGUCCACAAUGCAAUACAAAGUACAAGUUGAAGGACAUAAUAAAGCUUUAUGCAUCACCAGUAGUUGUGCUUGAUGAAAGUCUACAAAAGAAAGUUAAAUCACUUGAUGCUGAAGUCGUCUCUCUCAAGACUGAAAGAGCUUCUUUACUUGAUAUACAAGAUGAUUUGUUCAGUGUACAACAAAAUUUAAUCAAGGAAUUAUCCAACCUCAGGGAGAAGCCUUGCUGUGGAGAUGAUGCACCUUUAGGAGAGACAGGGAUGGAGCCCUUUAGUUUUACGUCUGCUAAGGGUAAUCAGGGACAGGGAGCACAAUGGGAUCACUACUUUGCCCAUAAUUUUGGCAGGCAGGGAAUUCUUCACUGGAAAUUUCAAUUACAGCAUGAGUUGGCAGUAGAUGGUGCAAGGCUUUUUGAUAUGGAUGCUUCUUAUCAAAUUUUGGUCCUUGCUCGAAGGAUAUCGGGAAUGGGUGGCACACACAUGCUGAAGAAAGUCAACUUGAUCAAUCCUUUAGAAAAUGAAGAUAUACAGCUUCCUCCAGGUACAAAAGCCAUUAAGGACCUAUGUGUAUCCCCAUGUGGUAGACUCACCCUUUUAGCUUCAUUGGGAAAGAAAUUAUCAAUUCUUAGCAUGGGAAGCAACAAUUUUUCCAUGAAUUAUGACUUACCGGGCCAAGCAUGGUCGUGCUCAUGGGAUCUCAACAGUCCACAUCAUAUAUAUGCUGGUUUACAGAAUGGUAUGCUUUUAAUGUUUGAUAUGCGUCAUAGCCAGACUCCUCUGCACUCUUUCGUUGGGCCGACCCCCCGGCCAAUUCAUACUAUACACUCCCUUCGGCAAAACCGUGCUUUCAGUCACAGAACUCAGAAAUUGCUUACUGCUUCUUCCAGUGGCCCUUGCGUGUGGAACAUUGGUAGUCCUAGUGAAAGGCCCUUUCUGGUCCCUGGAUCAGAGGAUCAAGGUGCUUGUGUAUCAGUAGCUUACAGUCCCUCAACUGAUGACAUUGUUGCUUCAUAUCGUCCUAAAACCGAGACAUCCAGUGAGACUGGGGGUUCUCAAGUUCUUAUCAAGAGGGUAGCUGGUUGCUUUUAUCAUAAGAUUGGAUCUGUGCCAGUUCAUUUAAGUGACUUUCAUCUGACAAAGUCUGCCAUGGUAGACAUACCGAACUGCUACCCAUUGUUUGCGUAUGGUGACGAAGUGACCCGUGGACUGAAGCUGCGGGAAUUGCCAAGUCUAAAAAUGAGCCAGAAUUGUGAACCUCAUCAACAUCCUAUCCUUGAUGUGAAGUAUGCACGUUCUCAGGGAAAAGGUUUACUUGGUUGCCUGAGUGAAGACAAGUUGCAACUUUUCUCAGGAGAGGUCUGAUAGAGGUGCAUUUUUAUUGUAAAUAAUGGUGCUAAAAUAUUUUCUGAAAUCAAGAGGCAAAAAAAAUUUCCAGCAAAAAGAAAGAGAUCCGCAAAUGCAAGGAUUCACCCAUCACAGUCCUCCAUCAGUAGUUCACUACCAAGCAUCUUCUGAGCUUAAGAUUUACCAGUCAGCAGUGGUUCUCAUAAUCAUAAGCAAAGAUGUAUCGUCCAUGUGGAAAUUUGAGGAGGCCAAUAAGAGUUAAGCUCUAAGUUAAACGUCCUGUCUUUUUUUUGGGCCCAGAACUGGUAGUGAUAUGCUCUUCUCUGGUGAUGGCUUUUGGUCUGGUGAUAUGUUAUGUUCUACAGCAGAUUUCCCAAGUAGAAAUCCACGGCUUCUCAUUCAUGAAAAUAUAUAAAAAAUGAAAUAACUCGUUUGUUCUGUAAAUGAAAUAACUCUUUUGUUCCUCA